AUGGCUGGAAAUCUUCGACGCUGGGUUCGCCAAUUAGAUCGCAUCGCAUCGUUCCCAACCAGCAGAAGUGGCUUUGCGAAGAUAAGCAUGAUGCCAUGGUGUACGUUCAUCGCUUUCGACAUCAUCGGUGACCUGGCUUUUGGUGCGCCAUUUGGUAUGUUAGAUAAGGGCCGGGAUGAGUGCGAAGCACAGCUUGAGCCACAUGGUCCAAUCGUGCUCGCGCCUGGUGCAGAAACACUGAAUCGACGAGGUGAGGUGAGCUCGACAUUGGGCCUGAUGUUAUCGCUGAAGCCUUGGGCGAAAUGGCUACCUGAUCCUUUCUUUACCAAUGGUCUGAAAUCUGCGCGGAAUCUACAUGGCAUCGCCACUGUCGCCGUUUCGAAGAGACGGGAUUCCACAGAACAUGCGACCGACAAGGGCAAUAAGCAGAGACACGACAUACUGGAUAUGUUAGUAAACGCCAAGGACUCCAAGGGAAAUCCUAUGCCACGAGAUGAACUUAUCUCAGAAGCGUUGACUCAGCUUAUUGCCGGCAGCGACACGGUGUCCAACACUGCCUGUGCCACGUUUUACUGGAUCUUGCAUGGCGAACGAGCCGCACCUGGCAGCAUCGUACCUCGCCUCCAGGCCGAGCUCGAUGCAGCAAUCCCAGCUAAUUCAGACAUCGCCUCUCACGCCGAAGUAAAGAACCUUCCGUUUCUGAGACGAUGUGUUGACGAAGCCAUGCGUCUACACUCGACCACCGCGAUCGGCUUGCCUCGGAUAGUCACACCAGCUUCAGGCGUGCAGUACCAGGGUGAUGUGUUCCCUCGGGGCACUGUUCUCUCGGUCCCGAGCUAUACCAUACAUCGCGAUGCCGAAGUAUGGGGACCGGAUGUGGAAGACUUCAAGCCGGAUCGCUGGCUUCCGGAAAAUCUGACGGCACGGCAGAAGAUCUGCUUCAAUCCUUUCAGCUUCGGUCCGCGCGCGUGCGUCGGGCAGAACGUCGCACACAUGGAGCUGGCGCUCAUCAUCGGAACCGCAUUUCACAGAUACGACUUCGAGCUCUAUCAACAAGAGUUAGAAUCGCACGAGGGCUUCUCCAAGAAGCCUGAUGAGUUUUGGGUGGGCAUCCGGAAACGCUCGCAAAUCCCUAUCUGA